AUGGCGGAAACAACGGCCCUAGCGCCGGAUGACGAGGGGCCGUCGAGCACGGUGCGGCUGAACUUGCUGGAGGUGCCACCCCUGAACCUGCCGCAGAACCUCCUACACUUCAUGCAACGUGAUGAGAUGAAGGAGCCAGCGAAGCCGGCAGACUUGCUGAUCCCCCUGACGCCGUUGAACGAGGAGCACACCGCGGAAGCUGCACAAACUGAGCGUGCUGGGCAUGGCCGCUGCAACCAGAGGUUCCGGCCUUUUCUGCACAAGCCGGCGCGCUCAGCGAGGAACAGCGUGGACCUCAAGUCCGCCCGAGUUGCACAGAACCAGCGCCAGAGAGACUUGUCUCCGAUCACUGCUGCCCGCGAGGCGACGUCGAAGCAGGCCAAGCGAAGGUCACGACGGGGGCGCGGCGGCGACGCGGAGCACGAGCAGUUGCCCUUACAUCGGGAGAUCGAUACGGGAUGGCGGGAUCUGCUGGGUGAGAUCGCCACCUCUUCGCGACGAGUAAGACUGGCCCGAGGCGGGCAGAGCACCAUAUUGCCACCGAGCUCUGGCCGUUCACCCUCCCCCGAACUGCGGACCUCGCCAGAGCCGGAGACAGCCCGCGCCCGCUCCCGAACACGGUCGAGCAGCGCCUCCCCGGGACCUCAGGCGCCUCCACGGCCGGACUCUGCGCAGGAUGACGGCCUGUGGCUCUCCUACCGCAUCACGGAAGAAAAGGUGCCCACCGCAAUCCUGACAAAGCUCUGGAAGCUCGCGGUGGACCCACGGAAGGACGAAGGCAUCGCUCCCCUGGAGCGCGUGCCGAGGCUGACAGUCACCAAGAGAGAGGUCCAAGCGCUGCCAACGGUUCAGGACAUCCUCCAAUGGCGUCGUUGCAACCUGCGCCGGCGGGAGCAGCGGAAGUUGCGCAGGGAGGCAGAGCGGAAUCCUACGCUGGAUGAGAUGCUCAUUUCAAUCUUCGGAGAGCCGGAAGUGGAGAAGCUGUAUUUGGCCGAGACCCACAACCAGCGGCAGCGUGCAGAGAUUCUGCUGCAAGCCCUCAUGGAGGAGAUCGGAUCACCCAGUGCCCCGACCUUCAGCGCACGACAGCGUCAGGCCCAGGAAGAGGAGCUGACGCUCCUCAGGGAGGUAAAUCAGCUCCUGUCGGAUGAUGUCGUGGAUGCCACUCGCGGGUACGAUGCCGUGGAGCCCAAGCUGCUGGGCUCCCGACGACGUGGACGCCGCGGGGCCUUCGAUGAAGGGAAGGCCUCGGCAAAGCUGGCGCUCUCCAUCGCGGAUCUGCAAGCAAGGCAGGACAAGAACGUGGUGCGCAGCAAGAAGCUGCGCCGGGGCGUGGAACAUUCCCGGGCGCUCCAGGCCAUCUCGCCCGACACUACAGUGGAGAAGUACGAGAAAGCAGCCGAGGGCCACAUGCAGGAGGUGGUGAAGACUUGCACCUCCAUCUUCCAGAAAUGCCAGAAGCGAGCCGAUGGCUUCCAUUCGGCCUUCGUGCGGAGGCAGGGAAGCCUAAGCGAGCGACUGCAGCGCAGAGUGAAGCGCCUCCAGUAUGACCACACGGAGAUUCAGCAGAUGAAGGAGCAGUCGAUUCUCCCCAGCGUCAUCGGCCAGCCGCAAUCCAACUCGGAGAGUGCCAACCUCUCCGUGCUUCACUUCUUGAAGCCGCACAGGGUGCACGUGGAAAGAAGAAGGCAGGAGGCCCACUCGAUCUACAUGGCGCAGGUGGAGAAGAUCCAGCACUACCAGCGGCUCCUGGCAGAUCCGAACAGGGAUCCUGACCGGGGGGAGGUCUACCUGAGCCGCUGCUUCCGCUACGUCCUGUCGGCUGGCCUGGCGGUCGAUGCCGCAUACUUCUUCCGAGUUCUGGCACAGAUGGAGCGUGAGGACUUUGAGAAGGCAUGGGAUUACGGAGGGCUGGGAGAACGUGCCACAUGCACGUGGGUCAUGAGGUAA